CCUAGAAUCUGACUUCAGGGCUAGUCCCCACCCCCUUUCUGACUGGGAGGUGCAAUAUGAACCUACCAGGGAUGUCUGAGGGUCUGGGGCCCCAUGGAUAGUUGGGCCAGACCCCUUAGCCUCCGCUUACCUCAGCCUCGGGAGGGAGUUGAGGGUCGGAGGCAAUUAGAAAAAUUAGGUUGAUCCCCCAUCUUUCAGAGGUGUAGGGAAAUGGGGGAAAGAGGCAGAAGGGAGACCCUGGGCUUCUUAUGGAGCGGGAACUCUGUAUCAGUCUUGGGGGAACCCGGAGGACCUGCUGACCAGCCUGGGGCCGCAAAUAAAAUCGAGGGGAAAUCUCUAUGGAGACACCACAGACCCUCAGAAGUCCUCAAUGGUGCUGAAAAGGACCAUCUGCCCCUCCACCCAGCAAAGUGCCUCCCUCCUGUGAGGACAGCUGCAGUGCUGUCUCUGAAACGCCAAAUGUCAAACUCCUCCCAUAAAACGCAUUUUCCCGUAUUUGCACCCCUGCUUGUGUGGCAUCUCUAGUAAUACGUGCCCGGAAAAGUGACUGUGAGCUGCCAGUGCAGAUUGGGACUGACCUUUGGGGCAAUAGCAAGCCCUGCUGGGCUGGGGACCCUAAGCCCGGAACCCUCGAAGCCAGGAACCCUCUAGGACUGCAGCUACGCGGGGAACGGGAUCUGGGAGGGACUUCCUGUUGUCCUUAAUCCCAGUCUCCGCCCGGCUCCCCUUCCCAGGUGCUGGCUGCCGUGACAACUUUCCUGGGGGAGGACCCCCCCUUCCCACUGUUCAAGGCUCUUGGCCAGAGGCUGGAGGGGGCCUGGCCAACAGCGGGAAACAGCUCAGCUGUGCUUUCUUGCUGUGAGAUAGAAUGUCUGCAGAUCGUGGCGGCAUCCGGGCUACCCAGGACAAAGAGAGAGCCCAAGAGGUUCCAGGUCCAGGGCAUCCCUGUCAAGAAAUGCUUCCUGAGCCAAAGGAGAUGGCGCCAUUGGGAGCCGCUCAGGAGUCGCCCUGCAUUAAGACAGAGCUGCAAGAGCCACACCCGGAGGAGGCGCUGCAGGAGGACAAGGUGCAAAGAGCUUGGAUCUGGGGCCUAAGCCAGGGUGCUAAGGAGAAAGCUCUCUUUCUGCCCGGAGCCCUCCCCUCCCCCCAGAUCCCCGUGCUUUCCCAGGAGGGGAGGACCAGAGACCGGCAGAUGGCUGCAGCGCUCCUCACUGCCUGGUCCCAGAUGCCAGUCACCUUUGAGGACGUGGCUCUGUACCUCUCCCGGGAGGAGUGGGGGCAGCUGGACCACACGCAGCAGAGCUUCUACCGGGAUGUCCUGCAGAAGCGAAAUGGGCUGGCCUUGGGGUUUCCCUUCAGCAGAACUUUCUGGGCCUCCCAGGUGCAGGGCAAGGGCGAGGCCUCCAGUGCACGCCUGCAGAUGGGAGAUGAAGAGGAGAGAGGUGCGUCCAGAGCCUCUCUCUGGUUGGAAAUCGUUUCUCCAGGAGCGGUGGAGGUGAGAAAGGAGGACCCGGCAGUCCCUGGGGACGUGAAGUCCUUUCGGACCAGGACAGGGAGAGCCCAGGAUGUCCUACAGUGUGGAUGGCAGGCAGCCGGCAGCCAGAGAACGUGGCCCCCCAAAGAUGAGGGGCCGCCGGGGGUCCCGGAGGAGAGAGAGCUGGAGCCAGCCCUGUCCGACACUGACCCGUUAGAGAAACCCAGCGAGGGGGAGACGGGCGCCCCCGAAACCGGCGAGGAGGGCGUGGCCCCCGACGGCGACCCCAGCAAGAAGACCUACAAAUGCGAGCAGUGCGGCAAGGGCUUCAGCUGGCACUCCCACCUGGUGACGCACCGGCGCACGCACACGGGCGAGAAGCCCUACGCCUGCACGGACUGCGGCAAGCGCUUCGGCCGCAGCUCGCACCUCAUCCAGCACCAAAUCAUCCACACGGGCGAGAAGCCCUACACCUGCCCGUCCUGCUGGAAGAGCUUUAGCCACCACUCCACGCUGAUCCAGCACCAGCGCAUCCACACGGGCGAGAAGCCCUACGUAUGCGACCGCUGUGCCAAGCGCUUCACGCGCCGCUCGGACCUGGUCACGCACCAGGGCACGCACACCGGGGCCAAGCCCCACAAGUGUCCCGUCUGCAGCAAGUGCUUCACGCAGAGCUCGGCCCUGGUCACCCACCAGCGCACCCACACGGGGGUCAAGCCCUACCCCUGUCCCGAGUGUGGCAAGUGCUUCAGCCAGCGCUCCAACCUCAUCGCGCACAACCGCACGCACACGGGGGAGAAGCCCUACCACUGCCUCGACUGCGGCAAGAGCUUCAGCCACAGCUCGCACCUCACCGCCCACCAGCGCACCCACCGCGGGGUCCGGCCCUACGCCUGCCCGCUCUGCGGCAAGAGCUUCAGCAGGCGCUCCAACCUGCACCGGCACGAGAAGAUCCACACCACCGGCCCCAAGGCCCUGGCCAUGCUGAUGCUGGGAGCUGCUGGCGCCCUGGCGGCACCCCCGCCUGCCCCCACCUAGGAGGCCUGGAGGGAGGGGCCGGCCCGGGGAGGAACGAGGGCAGCUGCAGUGGCAGUGAGAAGGUGCUGGGAAGGGAGUUGGGAGGUGCUGGCGUGGGGGUGGGGCAUGGCAACACUGGGAGUGUCCACGUUGAAGACCAGGCAGGCUAGCUGCAAAUUAAAGGACUUGGAAUUCAA